CACUCUCUCGCUGCUUCGACCUUUCCCAUCUGUGGUGUAGAUGAAAGAAAGAGCUCUCCAACGUCGGCGAAGCUCAAGCUCAAGCUCCGCAACGGGAGAUCAACACAAGGAUGCCGCGCUCUCCACCUCCAAACCAUACGCCCACAAUCACAAGCACUCAACGCCUACAAAUCCCUAUCCGCUCCCGCCCUUCUUCCCACUCCUCCUCGCCUCUGCCCCCAAAUCCGUACUCCGAGUACGAAGCCAUGACGACGCGCCAUCCUCCCCGUACAACCACCGCCUCCGGUGUUCGCCGCAACCUCUUUCACCAUCGCCGCCCAACUACAAGCUCGACCUCUACCUCCGCGACAACGCUGCAAGUCGCGUCCGAAGAUGCAAAUCAAGAGAUGGUGGCGCGGGAUGAGCAUGGAAAUUAUAGGCUGGAGCAGCCGGCUAUGACGCCCUUGCCCAGGAAUGAUUUGCAGGAGGAGAGGGAAGCGGAAAACCGGCUCAUAGAAACGUAUCGGAAGCAUCAACAGCAUAUUGAGCCGCAUGAAUUGAAGGCGACCCUCCAGGCGAGCUUGCAGGCGAAGGUUGCGAGUCUGGAAGAUGAUAGGUGGAUGUUCGAGGCUGAAGAUGCGGUUGCGACGUGAUCGGGGUGUGCUUUUGGGGGCUUGGGGUUUUUGGGGCGUUUGGAGCGAAGAUACCCACAUCCUUUCUCGACUGAGGCUCUUAGCACGCGAACCAAAGCGAAUAUGACUAUAGCUCCGCUGUGGACACUACGACAAUAUCAAAGAUUUCGAUUGAAUCAGCACCGAAGACAGGAGUCAGAUCCGGUAAUCCUAGAUGUCAUCAUUGUCCGACCUUUCUCUCUGCGCCCUUGCCACCGGAUAUCCCCUAACGCAUAACAUUGAAGAUGUCUGGACCCUCAUGAUGGAAGAUACUAACAAUCUGAGCAUUAGGGAAUUUGGGCAAGAAUUUGGGCAAGAAUAAAGCGCCACAGCAGUUGCACAACAAGCGGAAAACAGUCGUGGAGAACCAGAAUAUCAUCUUCUCAUUAUCAUCAUAUGCU